AUGGAAUCCAAUUCAAUAUGGGACAUAUACAUGUCAGCCAAAAAUAUAUUGCCACUCUAUCCUAGAAUCGAAAACAGAAAUUUGAGGGAAGAGAACAUGAAAAUACAACAGGAGCUUUGUGCCAAGCCGGGUGAUAAAAGCCAAAGGCAGCUUAACGGAACUGCCCUUACUCCAUGUUCAAACUCACAUGUUUCCUCUUCACCUAUCGCAAUGAAGAAUUAUCAAAGCUACAGUUGCAAGCAAGAGCUUACAAAGAAUGCUGUCGGAGAAGGAUUUUCAUCCGAUAGCAACAUGAGUUGUUCUAAUUUGAUAACACCGCCAAGUGACCUUCAAACCAGCGUUCAGCCUGCAACUUCUUCACCAGCAACGAAUUCAAAUUUUGUCACACCUAUAUCUAUGUCUGAAAGCCCCAAAGGUGCGCAGAGUAAAAAGACGAGGGAGCUGAAUGAUAUGUUACAACUGAACUUAGAUGAUUUGUUGGACCUUAGGAACGACAGAACACUUUUUUGUGAUCAUGAUCCUGAACUAUUCAAAAAGUACCCUGGCACACUUUCGAACAAUCUAAACCAGUUCAAGUCAUCGCCGUCCGUUUCAUCACAAAAUAUGACCGUUUUCUCGCAAAAAUCAGAAGGUUUCGGAAGAAACUCUUUGGAUUCAAAGUCACAAUCCUCGAGUGCUGAAUGGGACAACUCGAUUUCUUUAGCAUCCAACCCUAAAGAUAUUGGCGUGACCAGACAGGCACCCGAUAGUCGACAAAGUCAUUCAGAUAGAUUUUCUGUUACUCCUCCAUCGAAGCCUCUCUCCAAGUGUUUCAAUUGUGGGACUACUAAAACCCCUCUUUGGCGAAGAGACUCCCAGGGCAAUACUCUUUGUAACGCAUGUGGCUUAUUCCAAAAGCUCCACGGUACCAUGAGACCUUUAUCACUAAAGACGGACAUCAUCAAGAAGCGAAAUUCGAAGCGGCAAUCCUUUAGCCAAAUCCAACAGGGAACUAUAUUCAACAAGCAAUUUGGUAUUAGUCCUUCGACCACUACAACGCAACAGAAAAUGGCUUUUCAAGGUAGUCCACAAACGCUGACCAAUUCUGAGAUGCUUGGGGCGCUUCAAGCAAGCACACUUCAAGCAAGCAUUCACCCUAGUUUGAUUGCCAAUCAAAAUGUGAUCUUGUCUCAGAACCACGCUGACUCAUCGAACUAUAUUCAGAGGUCAAGUAUGGAUUCGUCAUACGACAAUCAAAAUGUCCCUCAUCUUGGAUCACAACCUGGGCACUUUUAUCAUUCAGCAGGAAAUAAACAUGCAGUUCCCUCGGUUAACAACAGUCGAUCAAGAAAUGUCCCAAUUCUCCCUAAACCGUCCAACAGAUUUCCGCAAUCACUUUCGAAUCCAAAUACUCCAUUAGCAACCACUCCUAUCGCUCCUCACUCUCCAACAGGUUAUUCUCCGACAAACUCAGGAUCGCUCCUUUACUCUGUGAAUCAUUCUCAGCCUCAAGACAUACCACGAUUUAAGAGGCUCAAAUCCAGGAGUUGUCUGUCUGCUGUUUCUGAUGCAUCAUCUCCUCCUUCGGCACCCAUGCUUUCUAACUUUUCAUCCAGACAAGGGUCUAUCCCCAACAACCUCUAUCACGACAUACAGGCCAAACGAGGGAUUGUUAGUCAGGAAUCAUUUACUGAUGAUGCUUCAGUCCGCUUGAAUUCUGUGGUUGAUGGCGAUAUCAACUUUGGGAGAUCUAAAUAUUACAAACACGCGUCUUAUGAUCCGUCUAUCGUCGACUCUAAAGAUGAAAGUUGCACGUUCAAAGAUCUCGAUUGGUUGAAGUUUGAUGUUUAA